UUAUUUGGGGGUUUACCUUCUGAUCCGAAAACCCUAGAAACAGAGAAUGAAAUAUUAACUUCAAGCAAUGGUUUUACUCGCAGGUGUCACGCCGGCGCCUCUCUCCGCAUCGGGUCGGAGCUCCGAGAAGCUGAGCCUGCCUUCUCUCCAAUCCAAAAUGAAAACUGACCCGGAAGGCUACGAAACGGAGCUCCAUCUUAUCCACAGUCAAUUCAACUCCGCUCUUGAGCUCUUCCAGCAGCAAGCGGCUCUCAACUUCUCCUCCAUCACCGGCGUCGGUGCGGACCCAACCGUGGCCAAGGACCUCAGUGAUCGCGCCAUGUUCUUGGCCCACGUUACGCCGUUUUAUCCCAAGCAGCUUGCCGAGUUCCCUUCCGAUCUCGCUGCUUUUCUCAAAGUAUCAGCGAGGACUCUUCCCUCGGGACUUAGGUUCCACGUCUCCCAAGCCCUCGUUCUCCUAGUUAAUCGGAAGAUUAUUGAUGUUAAAGACACCCUACCAUUGUUCAUGGAGUUGCAGACGCUAGGAGAUAGGAAUUUGAGGAAAUUAGCAUUUUCUCAUGUUGUGCACAGUAUUAGAAGAAUGAAUAAGAAUCAUAAGAACGAGGCUAAGAAUCGCGCCCUCCAGAAUAUCUUAUUUGCAUUAUUGCAGCAAGAAGAUGAAGCAAGAGCAAAAAGGUCUCUUAUUACCUUAUGUGAACUUCAUCGAAGAAAGGUUUGGUUUGAUGACAGAACAGCAAAUGCAAUUUGUAUGGCAUGUUUUCAUUCAUCAUCGAGAAUAAUGAUUGGUGCACUUUCGUUUCUCCUUGAUUUUGAGAAGAUUGAAAAUGAUGAUGAGGAUAGUGAUGCUUCAAGUGGUGAAGAUGAAACGACGCAAACACCUCAAGUUGUCAUCAACAAAGAGGCCGUCUACAAGGCACACCAUAAAGGUACAGCUGCUAGCAAGAAGAAAAAGAAGGCAAAACUACAACGUGCUAUUCGAAGCAUGAAAAGGCAGCAACGCAUGUCAUCAGAAAGUAGCACUUCUAGUUAUUAUUCACCCCUUAACCAUCUAAAAGAUGCACAGGGGUUUGUAGAAAAGCUAUUUUCUUGCCUUCAAACCUGCAAUGAACGAUUUGAGGUUAAAAUGAUGAUGUUGAAAGUGAUUUCUAGAACAGUUGGGCUUCACCGGCUGAUAUUAUUAAAUUUUUACCCUUUCCUUCAGAGAUAUGUUCAGCCUCAUCAAAAAGAUAUCACUAAUUUACUUGCAGCAGCAGUUCAGGCCUGUCAUGAUAUGGUUCCUCCUGAUGCAAUUGAGCCAUUAUUCAAACAAAUAGUAAAUCAAUUUGUACAUGAUCGUUCACGUCCAGAGGCCAUUGCCGUUGGACUGAACGUGAUAAGGGAAAUAUGUUUGCGCAUGCCAUUGUUGAUGACUGAAGAUUUGCUUCAAGAUCUCGCAUUGUAUAAAAAAUCACAUGAGAAGGCAGUCUCAGCCGCAGCACGCUCACUUAUUGCUUUGUUUAGAGAGGUUUGCCCUUCACUGCUGGUUAAGAAGGAUCGUGGACGCCCGGUGGACCCUAAGGCAAGACCAAGGGCGUAUGGAGAGGUCAAUGUCCCUAGCAAUGUUCCUGACAUUGAAUUAUUGGAACAUGAAGAUGAAAUUGAUGGCAGUGGGGAUGAAAGUAGUGGUGAGGCUGCAUCUAAUAAUUCUGUUGAUGGCAAAGAAAACAGUGAUGAUGAAGAAGGCCAGUAUACUGCAGAUGAUGGAAGUGAGGAUGAGGAUAUAGUGGAUGAUGAUGAUGAGAAUGAUAGUAUUGACAAGGAUGAGAGUGAUAUUGAUGAGGAGGAGGAGGAGGACAAUGACGAUGAGGACAAGGUUGAGACAGAGGAGGUGGAAGCUGAGGAGAAUGAUGACUAUGAAGAAGUUAGUGGUUCUAGACGAGGUGACCGCCCUGGAGAUGGUGAAAAUGAAGAUAAAAAGUCAAAAGCAAGAAAGAGAAAAUUGUCUGACUUUGAGGGACAACUUAUUGCUGCUGAUACUAGCCUUCGAGCUUUAAAGAGGUUGGCAGAAGCAAAGAUGAGCCAUGUUUUGUCAGACUCAACAGAUGGUAUUCUUUCUGAUGAGCAUUUCCGAAGGAUCAAGGAACUUAAGGCUAAGCGGGAAGCAAAAACUGCUUUGGCUCAACAAGGGUUUAAGAUUCCAAGUUCUGAUCAACUGAGUUUUAAGCGAGUGGAUCCUGCAAAGCUUGAAGCCCAUGUUCGACUUAAGCUUAACAAGGAGGAAAGACUGGCAUUAGUAAAGGCAGGAAGGGAGGACAGAGUGCAGUACCAGGCUCGAACCGCUGUAAAACAGAAAAAGACGGGUGGUUUAAGCAACCGUCAGAAAGAACACAAGAAGUAUAUGCCUUUAGCUGCAAAGAAGGCCAAGGCUCAAAGAUCUCGACAAGAGAAAAGUAAGAGGCAACGUUCUGGCAAACAGUUCCGUGGGAAGAAGGCUUGGAAAUAAUGAACGCACAUAUACAAUUACACAAAACACAGCAAACGGGUCCAAAGCUUAUUUUAUGCACUAACCACUAAAGCAAGUGAUCGAGAUUUGGUGUUUUUUAAAUUUCAUCUGUAAUUCUCGUGUCACUAUAGGAGCAUAAUGUUAUUAUGGCGUAAACUGGAGAGAAGAGUGUCAUUAAUUUUUUUCUCCUUUCCUCGACGUGUAAGAUGUUGCAAUCUUUUAAGUUACUGUUGUAAUGCAUAUUUGUCAUAAUUUAUACUAUCGGUCCAAUGGAAUGUGAAG